AUGCUGGUCGCUUUCGAGAGUCGUUGCAAGCCUGUGCUUCUAGCCAAUCUGUCGUCGAGCGUCUACCGACCGCAGACCCUGAUGCCGACGGCGACCACGGCGGCAACGACGACGGGUGUGUUGGGAGACACCGAGGGUCCGGCGCACCACCUCGCCUGCGCCAUGAGUUUGGCCAAACAGAGCGCCUUCUCCCGUCCCACACCGCAGUCCCCGGUGCUGCACUCCUCCCCCUUCGCCAACCCCCUCAAUGACCUUGAGCGUCUCGCCCUCGGCCAGGAACUGGAGGAGACACGCGAGAAAUUGCAUUUGGUGAGUUCGGCGGCCACACCUCAGAAUCCACCAGUUCGAUAA